UUCACACUCGGGGAGAAUCUCAAAGAAGUUCUUGCUUCAACAGUGUUUGAACGGAACUUCCUCCGCGUCGUCUAUCUCGAACAUUUUGCCUUCCAGCUGCUUCAACCCUGCUGUACUUGAACGCUGCCUAAAGGAAGUUUAUUUUUCUACCGCCUUUGUUAAUAAAAGCGAGGAAAAACCAACCAGCUAAGAUGGAGUCCCAGGUGCGCCAGAACUACCACCGCGACUGUGAGGCCGCCAUCAACAGGAUGGUCAACAUGGAGCUGUUUGCUUCUUACACCUACACCUCUAUGGCCUUCUACUUCGACCGUGACGAUGUGGCCCUUCCAGGUUUCUCCCAUUUCUUCAAGGAGAACAGCCACGAGGAGAAGGAGCACGCGGACAAACUGCUGUCCUUCCAGAACAAGAGAGGAGGACGCAUCUUCCUGCAGGACGUCAAGAAACCAGAGCGUGAUGAGUGGGGCAGUGGGCUGGAAGCCAUGCAGUGCGCCCUGCAGCUGGAGAAGAACGUCAACCAGGCUCUGCUGGACCUGCACAAGGUGGCCUCUGACCACAAAGACCCUCAUCUGUGUGACUUCCUGGAGACCCACUACCUGAACGAACAGGUAGAGUCCAUCAAGAAGAUUGGUGACCACAUCACCAACCUCACCCGCAUGGAUGCUCACACCAACAAGAUGGCAGAGUACCUGUUUGACAAGCACACCCUGGGCAGCCAAAGCUAAAGGAACAACUGGAGGAACCUUCCAGAUGCAGGCCUCAAACCGUCCUGCUCCACCUGCUGAAAAAUGUCUUGAAUCCGUUGGCUUUUGUCAUGUGACUCUUGCCCAUCUUGAUGGGUUUGUCUGAAGUGUCUUUGAACCUGAAUAAACAUUUUGAGCUGGA